AUGUUUGGUCAGUCUUUUGGGCGGAAAUGUUGUGAAACAGUGCCACGUGGCUUUUUCUCCGCUAUUGAGAGUUCUAAAAGCCCGUGUGCUGUCGUGAAUCAUCUUUUUACAAAAAAAAACGAAAGCGCUCUAUUCUCCUCUUCCAUUGUAAUAUCACUUUUUUUUGCCAACUCUCAUGAAUCAUACAAUAUUUCUCUCGAUCUCUCUUCCUCUUCGGUUCGGUUCGUUCGCAAACGAAACCAAAGCAACCGUACCAAAUCUGAUAGAAAAAGAAAGAAAGAAAGAGAGAGAGAGAGAGAAAGAGUACAAUAAUCUCAUUUAUAAACACAAAAACCGACGGGGAAAAGGAAAAGGAAAAGGGAAAAGGUACAAACUUUUGACUUUUGACUUUCACUUUACUUUUUCGUGUUUCUUCUCCGUCUUGAUUCAACCCGUCAAUUGUUUGUGUAUGCACAUUUUCGAUGACUCGAGCACUAACUGAAACAGUUUUCAUUUGUUUGGCACCACGCCAAGCCUUCUAACGUUUUGCUCAAAGUUUCAUAACUGGUGAGCAAGUUGCUCAUUAGUGGUGCACUCUAUUUUCACAAUUCUCAUCAUCGACAAAUAGUCAUUUCCGGACGAAUCAGCAUAAAAGUCAGUCGUCGAAUGCGAUAAUAGUCAUUGUCAAGUCGUCUCCAAAAUUUCCGAAACGCAACUUUCACUCCUACCUUUUCCAUUUCUCCGUCUCCAAACUGCCUAAUUGUAGCCUUCGCGCGUCUAAUUAUUCGGAAUUUUCGCUCUUUCUGUCCAUGUCCAUGUACACACAUACAUUUCUAAAUAAUAUUUUCCAUUUUCCCACAAGUCAUGAGAGAGUAUAUCAGGCGAGGAGGAGUGUGGCGAGGAAGAGAAUAGGAUUACGGUAGUUGAGAGGAGCCAUGCGCACGCGCGCGCCCGUCCGUCUCGCUCUUCUCGUUUCCAUCGCAUCUGUUGUGCAGAGCAGAGAAGAGAGAGAGAGAGAGAGAGAGAGAGAGAGAGAGAGAAGAAGUGACGGCGCCCGGUUAUUGAUUCACAAGGGCGCCGGCACUUUUCGAUUGCGACACUAGUACUGUUUCACAAAAUCGCCAAGUGCAUUGGCACACCUACCUUUGUAGUACUGUCAGAAGAAAAAUGAAUAAAUGCGUUUUCAGGUUGUCUGUCUCCGCAGAAAGCCCCAGCUUUCAGUGCUGAGCAAGAGAAGAUGCUCAAAGCGAACAGAGCCAACGAGCCGCAGAGCUUCGUGAAGGGAAAUGUGAGUUGCAUUCCAUUUGGCCGGUUUUCGGUGCGUUUCCGCUCAAAUUCGCCACUUUCAGGACACAAAAGCGGACCUGAUCGACCUGGAAGAAGUGGUCACCAAUUGGGCGAAAGCCAUCUUCGACGUGACCAAAACGAAGGCGGAAGGCAAAAUCAAGAAGAAGUAUCUUGCGGUGAGCAUUGAAAUUGAUGAGCUCCUCCAUUCCCCCCUCCCCCCAAAGGAUUUGCUCAUUCGCUCAUUCGCUCAUUUCUAGAUCUAAUUACGGAAAUUGCCUCGAAAUUGGCACCUUCCAACGGAAAUUGAGCAUGAAAAUUGAUAGGUUUUGAGCAUAAACGAGCAGCAGCGGCGGCCCAUGUGUGUGUGUGUUUAAUCCGAACGAAUGAGGGGGGACGGAAUGGACAGAAGCGAGUAAUGAAUUGAAUGCGCGCGAAAGCGGAAAGAAAAGAGGCGAGGGGAUGACAAAAAUCACCCAGGGGACACUGCACAUAUGGUUUCAUUCAUUCGAAUUUAAAUACAAUGAGCUCGCCGAGCCUCAUUUACUUCUUGGAUUGAUGGCUCAACGAUUCGAGUGGACCAUCGGGUGUCUGUAGAUGAUCGGACGGGUGUAACUCGUAAAUCAAGACGGUGUUGGUCGCCCUUUGACACCUCGGCGCCGCCAACGCGUACACUGGUUAACACUGUGUUAAUGAUGGCCAGGCGCGCAACUUACUCGCUUUACCCGAUCACAAAUAAUGGGCCAACUUGAGGGAGUCUUGUAGAAGGCAACCGUCCGAAGACUAUUAUCGUGUUUGUUUUUCAGUACAACAUCAACUGGACGAAGCUCUUCCAAGAGUGCUCCGAGCCAAUCUACACGGUUCUUGGAGCCAAACCGAAUGUUGUUGACGCGGUGGGUACCUUUUCUGAUCUCUUUUUCUCUAUUUUCCUUAAUCGAUGUUCUUCAGAAGCAAGACGAGAAGGUGAUCUUCAAAACGACGUUCACGAACACGACGCAACGCGAGCAGGAGUACUCGUUCAAGACGGAACGAGCCACUCGCAGCUCGUCGACAGUUAUCAUCGAGAAGGGAGUCUGCCGGGGAGCGGAGGUCUCGUUGAAACUGAAAACGCCGUGCGAGGUGGUCGAAGCGAACGCCGGAUUCACGACCGAAGUGAUGCUCAACCACAUUGGCGAGAACACGAACGAGGAGGAGCUGACGUGGGGCGUCGACAGUUGUGUGAAGGUGCCGCCGAAUGCGGAGACCGUCGCCGAGCUUGUCAUUAUUGAGGAUAUUGUGAGUUUCAUUUUCUAUUUGUUUACCGGUUAAUCAGGUACUUUUAUGCGACUCUUGGACGUUUAGAAACCGCGAAAUUUUGAAACUAGGUACUGAUGAGAGACCGUUUAUUCAAGACAAUAUAUCUGAGCUGCCAGAAGAGAUAUCAAUUAGUUGUCAACUAAUAAAAUGAUCAGUAAGAAAUUUUGCACAUUUUCUCAGUUGACCACUUUUUGAUAUCUCCACGGACAGUAGAGGUACAGGCUAGAAAUGCUUACAGUACUCCUUGUUCAGGUGACUCGUGAUUUCCGCAUCGAGAACCGACUGAGCGGCAAAGUUCUGGUGACAAGUGAGUGUCCUCUUUUUCCAUUUUCAUGCAAAUUCAAUGCGUCAAGAGUCCUUGACUGACUCAACCACCACACCCCCUAAUAAACACUUUCGAGUGUGAAUUGGAUUGCCUCUCCCGCUUUCCUUAAUUCUCCCCCCCCCUCUACACAUAAAGGGAUUUCAGUCACCAAUCUGAAGGAGAACAACAGUCUGGUCACUAUCAUCGAGGGAAACAUUUGCGACAUUGUGCGCGGACUUCCCGACUACACCGCCAAGGGAUUCCGAUUCGACGGUCCGGCGGCGAUCUACGAGACACGUGGCCAGUGCAUCUUCCGGUACGGAAUCGAGCAGAAGGUCCGCAUCAACGAGUUCUCGUUGAGCUCUUCGGGCAGAAAGUACUGA